AUGGCUGGAAAGAAUACUCGUAUGCAACACUGGUUGCAAUAUAACGUCAGAGUUACUCUAAAGGACAACCGGAAGUUUGUCGGAACACUUGUGGCAUUCGAUAAGUACAUGAAUCUCGUUUUAUCAGAUUGUGAAGAGUUUCGAAUGACUUUGGGGAAAGAUAAAAACAGAACUGAAGUCAAGCGCACUCUAGGCUUUGUUUUACUCAGGGGUGAGAAUAUAGUGUCAUUUACCGCCAAAUCUCCUGUCAAUGUACCUCAGUUUGGAUACCCAAUGGGACCAGGAAAAGCAACUCCUGCUGGUCGUGGAGCACCACUAAUGGUUCCUGGCAUGAUGCAGCCUGGUAUGCCACAAAUGCCUGCCGGAGGCGUAGCACUUCAGGCUCCAAUGAGAGGACUGGUGGGAAGUGCCCCUGCCCAGCUCCAGCCGCAAAACGUUCCUGGAACAAUGCCCCCAAUUCCAAACUAG